CUUCCGUUGCCCAUGACACCGGAGCGAAGUUCUGACAGCUGAUUCUCAAAUCAGUUUCUGUCCUCUCCGAGCCUCCAAAUCACCAUUUCUGAGCUUCUUUAGUGUCGGACGUGGCUGCUCGAGUCUCCACUUGGAGUUACAGACGGCGCCUUGACCAGAGGAGGGCGGCUGAUUAUGGUGUAGCACAGAGCGCUAGCUCUGAGACAGCAGGCAUUUGAGCAGCAGUGCAGUGCAGCACAGUGCGGCGCGGGGCAGACAGAGGCAUAUCACAGCAGCGUAGCCAUGCUCACAUUAGCCAGCAAGUUGAAGAAGGACGAUGGAGGAAAGACAGGCCGUGCCUCCGGAGCCUCAGACUCCACCCACAGGGUCUCCAUCAGGGACCGCCUCCUUACCAAAGAAGUUGCAGAACUUGAAGCCAAUCUCCCUAGUACAUGCAAAGCUAGUUUCCCAGAUGAGGAUAAGCUGCAUCAUUUUCAGCUGGCAGUGUCUCCUGAUGAGGGUUACUACCAAAGCGGAAGGUUUCAGUUUGAAAUAGAUGUCCCUGAAGCCUAUAACAUGGUGCCUCCUAAAGUGAGAUGUCUGACCAGAAUAUGGCAUCCUAAUAUCACAGAGAACGGAGAGAUCUGUUUAAGCUUAUUGCGGGAACACUCUAUCGACGGCACAGGCUGGGCCCCCACUAGAACAUUGAAGGACGUGGUCUGGGGAUUGAACUCCUUGUUUACUGACCUGUUGAACUUUGAUGACCCGCUGAACAUCGAUGCAGCAGAACAUCAUCUGAGAGACAAGGAGGAUUUCCGGAAUAAGGUUCAAGAUUACAUCAAGCACUACGCCAGAUGAUAGAAGCAUUGGCUAUCUGCAACAGCCUGCACCAACCAACCAACCAAACUGCUCUACCUUGCCUCUGCUUAUCUUGGCCAACUCCCCCCCCCAACAUGUGUGAAUCAGCAGCUGACUCUCUGACUCUACCUACCCCCCCGCCCUCCCCCCCAGUCCUCCUAUUGACACCACAGCCCUGCCUAUGCCCCCCUUCUGUUCAUCCAGUUGCAAUAAACUCCACAUUGCAGGAAUGAUAUUAAAAAAAAAUAACACAUUUAAAGAGGGACUCGCAUAAAAAUAGAAAAAAAAAAUGCUUUAAUUAUCCUAAUCGAUUGAGUGUUACAAUGACCGCAAUGUCUGUCCACGGCGGCGAGAUCAAGGACCGGCGCCGCGCCGCGAGAACCUGUCGGAGACGAGCCGCGGCGACGGACGGCGAGCGAUGUGAUGUGAUGUGAAAAAGACAAUAAGUCACACUUAGCUGUUUUCAAAUUCGAUGAAUCGAGAGAAAGAAUAUCUGUUACUAUCAGUUCUCUGUUUCAGUGCCUGCCAUGUUUGUGUCGCUAAAGAGAAAAUGCAUGUGAGUCCACAAACGUACACAAACGCGGUGUCACAUCUUGUAGUAAAAGGUCAGAACACACACACACACACACACACACACACACAGGAUUCUGAUUCACACACACUUGAGUUGGAGGUCCUGCAGCCCCAUUAGACAGCAUGUGAAUGACCACAUCGCCCCAUUUUGUUGUCAUUCUGCUUGCAUGUGUACAUGCACACACACACACACACACCAACGACUGACAUACAGACCUUGUGUGUAUUUUCAGCUCCAGUGACAUAAAAUACUGCCACUUAAACUACAGCCAAAUGUAUUGUUCUGUUUCCAGCUUCACCUCUUUUCUGCACCACCGCUCUCCUCACUUUCCUUUUUUGUCUUUCCUCCGUCUGUCUCCGUUUCACACACAAACCCUUUUCUAUCAAGCAUGGAGAGGUUUAUUCAGACGUACAGUGCAAUUACAAAGUCCUCUGACACAUUAUCAGUGUGUUGGCUCUGCACUGAAUGAAUCAAUGAUUGGUUUAAAGGACUAGAUUUAAUUUUACAUCUGCAUGACAUAAAUAGAGAGAGCAGGGCAUGCAGCAUCUCUGCACAUGGCCCCGAAAGUUUAAUCAGUGUAAUUAAACAUGUAAAUUUAAAGCUGCUAUAUUUAUUAUUUUGAAUCUAACAACUAGCUGGUGACCACAGUGAAGCCUUCAGCAACAAAAGGCAAAAGUAGGCAGAGACCUAAAACGGCUGAAAGAUUUGAAAGACUCAGUUCAUCCGGUGGACAGAAACCCAGCCGCAAAUGAAUGACGACGGUACAGAACGCGCAAAUCUAUAAUAUCCCCGUCUAAUAUUUUCCGCUCAGCCCGGCCCACUCGCUGCCAUAAAAACUGUACACAAUGGUAAUUUUGGAGUAAUUCAAUGAUUCACGUUCAACCCUGAAACUGAUUCUGAGGAAGAAUAAUGAUGAUGAAGCAGCAACUCUGGAAGUUGGAACUCCAGAAGUCUGAAGCUGUGUUUCUGAGACUCGGACGCUGACGGCUUAUUUGGCUCAUUUUGUAUCUCUCAGCAUACAAAAACAAAACGAUUUUAAAAUCAGCACAGUCUUUGUAUCCUAUUUUAUUGUGCGUCGUGCAGAGCCGACCCAACGUCAGACGUUUUGACUUUGUGACUGCACUGUGCACACACACACCUCUGGUUUCUGCGGGAGAUUUCCCGAACUGAUAUGUAGAGUGUGUCUUUGUAAAGCGACACUACUCCAGUCUCACUUUCUUGUGCGUGUGGACUGUAUGGGCGUGUGUGGAAAAGACAACAGCAGAGGUUCAUAAAGAUAAUCGGCCGACUCGUCUGCAAGUAGGCUAGUAAGCUAACACGCUAGCCAGCUUACAAAGUAGUGAGUGAGUGAUUUUGACGAAGUGCAAGAGACUUUUUUUUCUGUUGAGCAGGUACUCAUAUGUCUUUAUAUCCAUACUUUGACGCUAGCUAUCCUAUUUAGAUAAUCCUGGCUUGGUUAGACCAGGUCACUGUCAGAAAAACUACCUUUUAUAACAAUGGAAAUGAUGUCGACAUAAAUAAAGUGCAGUUCAAGGUACUUCACAAAAAUAGAUUCUCUUUGCACAUAUUCACAUGCAGCCAAUAAAUGUGUGUCCAUGUUGAGGGACGAUGCUGCAAAUGGCGGUAGUGUGCAUCUGGGGGAAGAGACGCAGUGUGAAUGUAUGCAACAAAGUCUUCCAAGCAGACACCCAGGGACUAGAAAAGUAGAAUUUACCAACAAGUGUUCAGAGCUGUCUGUGUGCACGUCUAUAAUCAAGGCUUAAUGCACAUCGAAAUAUGGAAUAAGACAAAAUAUAUGUAGUGGAUAAGCAAGAUAAUUUUAAAAAAGCAUCAAUGAAAUACACAGAUUUUAUUAAAAUUUAAAAAAAAAAAAAAAGAAGAUAAAUAGUGAUUAACAAAAUAAAGUAAAUUAAGAAGAUGCUGGUUUGGUAAAAAGCAAACUGACUUGGUAGGUCGGUGGCAGGUUUACUGGUGGAUUAUCUUGUUAGCUACUUAGACAGCCGCUGCUCGUUGGGUCAAACAGAUGAAGGGAUGCACCGUGAGGCGACUCCUGGUGUCAAACUGUCUGCAUGAACCUCUGCUGCCGUGGAUUUUAAUGAUUGUUCAUUUUGUGUGUGUGUGUGUGGGUUUGUGUCACUCAGCUAGCCAGUGAUGGAGCAGAGUGCACAUGUUGCUCUGCCCUGGUUGGCGCUACGCCUCCUGUUUGGGUCGAAUCUCUUGAACAUGGACUGUUGUCACUCCAUCCAGCUUCGUGUUCACACGUCUGCAUGAUGUCAAUGUGAUCUGCCGGUGGUGCAUUUUUACUAAGGAUGUAGAAAUACAGUCGAUGAAGACUGGACUUUUGUGUUUGAGUGUAUGUGUGUGCAAAUGGACAUUUAGUGCUUGUGGAGCGUUUGUGUAUAUGUGUGUGUGUGUGUGUGUGUGUGAGCGUAUGACAUGUGGAGAUGACUUGUUAGCAUGCUCUGGUUUCCUCUUGCCCUUCUUUCUUUUUCUGAUUCUGGCCCAGGUUUCAGCUGCUCCAAUUAGUUUUUUUUUUUUUCUUCCGAGUGAAAGUAAACACAACAGAUGACACUGGCCUCUGCCAAAAGGACCCGAGAGAAUGCAGGUCCGUCGAUAGCAAAUGUGAAUAUGGGUGUUCCACGGCGUUCCUCGGUGCGUUCUAGGUCCACUCAAACCUUGAAGUCUGAUGUAACUGCCUAAUCAUACGAAGCCAUCCUGUGUAACUGCCAUGACAGUUAAUUGUUACGGCGGUGUUUGCCUCCAGGAUACGACAGCCCGACACUCAUCUUAGCCUUACUAAUGCUCUGACUUUAGCUUCCUGUUGGAGACCGUGUCGUUACGACCUUUAGUUCGGCAGUUAGCAGUGCUUUUUGUUUCCCCCCCUUGGAUGUUUUUGGGGGAAAAUGUCUCUGCUUGGGUUUAACUCCAUCUUUGGGCCAGAGGGAGAAGAUCAACAGCCUGCUCUUCUUCAGAUCCUCAACCUUUUCUUUCUCAGAUUGUAUAUCCAUUUUUUAAGAUAUAUUAAAGAGAAUAUAAAUCAAA